CACCAGCACAUUAUAAAUUUUUUAAUUAAAAAAGAGAUACAAGAAAAAAAGAGAAAAUUUUUUCAAAUAUUUAAAUAAUACAUAUUCCUUUUCACUCUCCAGUAAUAAAGAUUGUAUAUAAAUAUUUGCACACUUCCUUUUUUUUUUUUUUUUUAUCACCCAAUUUAAAAAGUUUUGAACAUCACCCAAUUAUCAAUAGAAAGAAUAUUAGAGAAAAAAAGAAAAAGAUAAUAAUUUAUUUAUAGAUUUUUUUUUCAAUUAAACUUUAAAUUGGUCAUCAAAAAAGAAACAAUAAUAAUAAGAAAAAUAAUAAUAGCAAUAACAAUAACAAUAACCCAGCUAGCUCAAGUUUAAUUAACAAAAUUUCAAAAUGGCCACCCCAUACAUUGGUGCAAAAAUCGUAUUGAUUUCAAAAAGUUUAGUAAGAUACGAAGGUACUCUUUAUACUAUCGAUCCAAAAGAUAAUACUUUAUCUUUAAAAAAUGUUAAGUCCUAUGGCACUGAAGGUCGUAGACAAGGUUCACAAAUUCCACCAUCACAAGAAGUUUUUGAUUAUAUCGUUUUCAAAAGUUCAGAUAUUAAUGAUUUAAAUAUUUGUGACUAUCCAAGUGGUACAAGUGCACCAACUGCCACCCCAACAAAUGCACCAAGCAAACCAGCAACUCCAUCAACUAAUUUAGCAACUAGUUCAAACUCAUCAUCACCAAACCCAUCAACAGCAACUAGCAGUAGUGUACCACCAACAGCAACAAACAAACCAGUUACUUCAACCCCACAACCAUCAAGUACUACACCAAACUCUAAUGGUACUUCAGGUUCACCAUCAUCAAUCCCAACUUCAGCCCCAGGUUUUGGUCAAUCACCAUCAUCAAACCAACCAGGUGGUAUGUCACUUCCAAACCAAAUGGGUAGCGGUUUCCCACAACAACCAUAUCCACCACAAAUGUAUGGUAACUAUCCAUACGGUAUGCCACCAAAUGGUUACAAUCAAUACAUGCCAAUGUACAAUCCAUAUAUGAACUAUUAUCAUCCAAACUUUGCCUACGGUAUGCCACCACAACCAGGUCAACCACCAUUUGGUGCUUAUAAACCACCAGCUGCUGUCCCAGUAACACCACUUAACCAACAAUCAAACCAACCAUCAUCAGCUACACCAGCAAAUGCCUCAGCUGCUCAAACAAACAAACCAGCCAAUACACCAGCUGCCAACACACCAGCCGCAUCAACUCAAGCCUCAGUUAAUACUCCAUCAUCAACAGCUCCAGUUAAUCAACAAACCCCAUUUGCCAGUGCUCCAACAACCACUGCCACUCCAGUUUCAACUGCUACUCCAGCACCAGUUUCAACUGCUGCCCCAACUUCAAACCCAACUCCAGCUGCUCCAUCCACAAGCACUCAAACCGUUACCUCAACCCCAGCUGCCACUAGCACUCCAGCCCCAACCCCAGCUGCCCCAGUAAACUCUGUUAGAGUUGAUCCAACUCAACCAGUUACUGCUGCUGCUGUUAUUGCUGCUGCUGCAGGUAUUUCAGGUAUUCAAGGUACCACCACCGACCCAGUCGAAACAGGCACUGAAAAACAAUAUCAACAACAAAGAUUUACAAUUCACCAAAAUAGAAAUUCUCGUGGACAAUUCCAAAAUAAUAACAACAAUAACAACAAACAAUUAAAUGGACAACAAAAUAAACCACAAAACCAACAAUACAGAAAAUAUAACAAUAAUAAUCAACAACAACAACAAACCUCACCAUCAAACCAAAGAACUGGUGGUAACUUUAAGAAACAUCAAAACAAAACUAAAGAAAAUAUGGAUGAUUUCGAUUUUGAAAUGAACAACUCUAAAUUUAGCAAAGAAAAAUUAGCUGAAGAAUUUACCACCAACACUGAAGUCAACACAGUCACCACAGUCACCACCACAGAAAAUAAAACUGAACAAUCAAAUGAAAGCGUCGAAACCAUCACCAAUGGUAUCAGUCAAAUUUCUACUACUGCCUAUACACCAUCAUCAUUCUUUGAUAAUAUCUCUUGUGAAGCUCUCGAAAAAGCUCUCGAAGGUGGUACAGGUAAAAACAAAACUCUCUACGAACAAAGAAAAAUCGAUCAAGAAACUUUUGGUUACUCAUCAGUUAGAUAUAAUAACAACAGAGGCAGAGGUGGUAGAGGUGGUAAUAGACAAACUGUUAAUAGAUACUAUAAUAACAACAAUAACAACAAUAGCAAUAAUAACAAUAAAAGCUAUCAACAAAAAACUCAAUAAAUGAAAAAAUAAUAAUAAUAAAUAAUAAUAAUAAUAAUAAUAAUAAUAAUAAUAAUAAUAAUUAAAAAAUAAAAAUAAACAUAAAAAAAAAAAUUUUAAUACUUUAAAAAUAAAUUAUUUAUUUUUUUUUUUUGAAAAAAAAAAGAAAGAGAUAAUAAUACAAUUAUAUAUUUAAAAUAAUAAUUAAUAAAAAAAAAUUAUUAAAUAUUAAAAAUAAAUUAUUUUUGGUUUUAAAAAUUU